UAUUGAAUUUUAAUGAUAAUUUCUGGGAAUUUUUGUUUCCUCCGAUAUUUUAUCGAAUGGAUUUACUGGAUUACCUACAUUCGUAGGACGGAUCAUCCAUAACCCAGAAAAAGGUUACAGUCAGGCCCUUCCAGCUCAGGGCCAGAAAGCACCUGGAUGCACCUGGCCCAGGGAAGUGGCUGGGAGAGACCAGGAACAUGGGGUUGAAUGGCAGGCGACACAGCACCCGGUUCUCCAGUGAUCAGGCACUGGGCGUGGCCACACCCCAGGCCCCGCCCCUGCACUCUCAGCGGGCCGGUCUCCGACACAGCAAGAACUCCUCCCCUAGCAGCCGCAGGAGUAGCCGCCGGUUCCAUGCAGCAGCGCCCCUAGAGGCAGAACGGCGCUAUGUCCCCUCUUCAGGAAUGACUGCUAAGGAACUGUGUGAGAAUGAUGACCUCACCACCAGCCUCAUCCUUGACCCCUACUUAGGCUUUCAGACUCACAAGAUGAACACCAGGUUUCGAUCCAUUAAGGGAAGGCAGGAAGAACUGAAAGAUGUAAUCGAGCGCUUUAAGAAGCAUGAUGACUUGGAGAAGGCUUUCCAUGCACUGGUCUCAGGGGACUGGGCCAGACAUUACUGCCUUACCAAAAAUAAGGCCCAGGAGAAACUCUUCAAAGAACAUGUAUUCGUGUAUUUGCGAAUGUUUGCCACUGAUAGCGGUUUUGAGAUUCUUCCUUGUAAUCGGUAUUCUUCUGAGCAAAACGGAGCGAAGAUUGUCGCAACAAAAGAAUGGAAGAGGAACGAUAAGAUGGAGUACCUGGUGGGCUGCAUCGCUGAGCUGUCGGAGAGCGAGGAGGCCAUGCUCCUGAGGCACGGAGAGAACGACUUCAGCGUCAUGUACUCCACCCGCAAGAACUGCGCCCAGCUGUGGCUCGGGCCUGCUGCGUUCAUCAAUCACGAUUGUCGACCAAAUUGUAAGUUUGUUUCCACGGGCCGAGACACAGCCUGUGUGAAGGUUCUGAGGGACAUCGAACCGGGGGAGGAAAUCUCCUGUUACUACGGCGACGGGUUCUUUGGGGAAAACAACGAAUUCUGUGAAUGCUACACCUGUGAAAGACGCGGAACCGGCGCUUUCAAAUCCAAACCCGGGCUGCUUCCUGCGGCCGCCCCCAUCAUCAACAGUGCGUACGGGCUGAGGGAGACGGACAAGCGGCUGAACCGGCUGAAGAAACUGGGCGAGGGCAGCCGGGGCUCCGACAGCCAGUCUGUGGCGUCUCACACGGACACAGACUCCCAGGACCCGCCUCGCUCAUCUACAAGGAAAAGGACAGCUGGCGGUGUGAAAAAGAUGAGCAGAGGGGUAACACGGCGGUCUCUGUCCAGAACUCCUACAUCUACCUCACCCCCCAAACAACGUCACUCCAGCAACCCCAGGGAACCAAAGAGACUCCGGUCCACACCCGCCAGGCCCUCGCUCACCAACGUGAAUCUGCGGAGCCGGGGGCAGUGGGCGGAGCUGAAAGGCUGUAAGACGGAGACGUCGCGGCCGGGCCUGAGAGAAGCCAAAGCACCGCUGUGCAAGCCCGCCCCGGCCAAGAGGGAGAGGGAGGCCAGGGGGGAGGCCAGGGAGGCCAGGGGCUGCCUCACUCGGCUCGCGGCGAGGGAAUACAAUCAGUACCCUCUGAGCGAGGGCUUGACGUGCACUUACAGAACUCGCAGGUCAGCCCAGGCGGUGCGGAGCGCCAGCGUUAAGGUGGAGUCGGGCGGGGUGGUGCCGGGGGGCGCCGUGCCGGGGGGCGUGAUCGUGAAGGCGGAGCCGGAGGACUUUGGGGAGUACAUGAUGCAGGGGCUCCAGCUGAAUGGCUGCAGCCCGGGCGGUCGCCGCCCCCCGCCCCGCCCCAUAAAGCUGGAGGAGGCGGGCUCCUACACCAAGGUGCUCGCCCUGGGGGGCGUGGCCGACUGGCGCCAGGACCGCCACGGCCACGCCCCACCCGCUCGGGACAGGUCAAAGGGCAAGAAGAAGCGCCAGAUCACGCGCUACGACGCGCAGCUGAUCCUGGAGAACAGCACGGGAAUCCCCAAGCUCACGCUGCGGCGCCGUAGAGACAGCAGCAGCAGCAGCGGAGGCCGGACGAACGAGGCCGGCGACGGCGAGCGGCUCAACCCCGCCAAGAUCAGCAUCAAGUUCAGCAAGGAGCCCGACAGGGACAAGGCCGGCGCAUACAAACUGAGCCACGCCGCCCACUGCAGCUCCGCCAAAGUCAAGAUCCAGGUGAAACAGGAGGAGGGUGACUCGGGCGAGGCCUCCCCCGCGGGGCUCCCCCCGGAGGCCGCCACGGGGAACUGCAUGCUCGCCACACAGGGCAAUGGGGACGCGCCCUCCGAGGAAGAGGACGACUACUUUGACGAAGAGUUUGACGAUGAUUUCAUUCCGCUGCCGCCGCCGAAAAGGCUGCGGCUCAUCGUGGGGAAGGACUCCAUAGACAUAGACAUCUCCUCCCGGAGACGCGAGGACCAAUCACUGCGGCUGAACGCAUAAGUCCCUCCCCCUUAAUGUACAUACUGUCCCUCCAAUCAGCAGUGGGACCACUUCAGAACUGAAAUACAUGUAAUGAACCAAGCUCAUGAUGAAUGAGAAAUGGGGCUGUAAAAUAAUUCAACUUUACUGUAAAUUUUAAUCAUGGCACUUCUGUAUUCAUAAUGCAUAUAAUUGUAGAAAGUGUACAGUAUAUGAACACUUCCCAAGUUGGAAUUUUAUUGGACUUUUUCCAGCCUCACCUCACAAUUUUGAAUUGUGUCGCUCGCCCAUUCUUAUCUGUUGAAAACAGAUCAAGGAGGAGCCAGUAACUUACUCAGUGAUGUCAUCAUGUGGAAUCCCUGUGCGUGUUCCCCCUUCAUCCUUAGAUCUCUUACCAGUUCCAAGGGUUCAUAAUAAGCUGCAUAUAUGUGUAUGUAUACAGUCUACAUAUACUUCUGUCUCCUGAAAUGUUAAAGGAAGUAGCACAAGAUAUUGACUUGAUUUUAAAAUACUUGCUCAAAGACUAACAGUCUUUGAGCCCUCUUAGAGGUGUUUCUGAAACUCUGAAAGGUGUUGGUGCUGUGUAUUUGGUGCUUUGAGUGUGAAGGCCUUUUGUUCUGUUUGUCCCUGGCAGCUGGAAUUGUACAAUAACCUCAAGUACAACCUCCUGCGUUCUACACUAUAGAAACUCAAUGAAAACAGGCUGCUGCUGGCUGCAGUGUCAGAUGGCUAAAUCAGUGCUGCUCCCCUCUUCCACUCACUGCAGACUGCAGUAUUUGCUUGUGUCAUCGGGGUGCUAAUUAAUGUGAUUUGUUGCCACUCUUGUGGCCCUGUGCUCUGCGUGGCUGUAGAAGCCAGUGAUUCAGUCCUCCGGUCAUGAGUUCGACAUACAGCUUCCAAGCCACAUGUUUUGCAAUAAAUAAGUCAUCAGACUCCUGUACCAGAAUCCUCUUAAUCGGUCACUUCAUUAUUAACUUCGCAGUUUUUAUGUUGCAUGUCCGUUACGGGUGCAAUGCUUGUGGCUGUUGACGCUAUUGACACAUCCGUUUUACUCGGCAAAUUCACAGUAACUUAAUGUGCAAAUUUUCUUCUCAGAUUAUUAGUCAACUGGAUAUUUGGUGGUGGCACAAUGUUUGUAAAUGAGUGUAAAAAUAUUUGCCCCACAUGUGGAACUGCAUUAGCUUGAGCCAAAAAGUCACUUUCAUCAUUCCUUCGGUUCUAUUGUAGGUCAUUGAUCUUACAGUUGUACUGUUGAAGAAGGGAUUAUUGGGAAUAAUGAAUACCAAUUAAUUUGUAAGCACUGUUUAUAUCACCAGCAGCUACAUUUGGAUAUGUUCAUUGUGCACCAUGUGCAGUCCCAUGUGUCCCAUACUUGUACUAUGUGUGUUUUUAAGUACCCAUCCAUUGGUUGAAAUUCUAAUUGAUUGAUUACAAAUAUUUGUUAGCCUUCUGAAAAUAUAGCUUUGUGUGCAGAGGGGUAGCUGGAUAAAGUACACAGUAUUUAAAGAAGGUGCAAGGCUGAAGUCCACUGUGUAAAUCAUGAGAACACUUGUACUUAUUUAACAGGUUUGAAUACUUGAAAAUACGAUAAAAUUUUAUUUGCAAGAAGUACCUGUUUUAUUGCCAUCAUUUCCAUUGUUCAAAGCAAGCUCACUAGUUAAACACCCCUUGUUUCAUAUGUGUCACCAGAAAAGGAAGAAUUGGCACCCAAACUUGCAACAAAACAUUUGUGGGUUUUUACAUUACAUAAUUUCCUGGAGGGUUUGGGGAAAUUAGGAAGGGAAAAUUACAAAAAGAUCACCAGACAUUUUGAUAUUGAAGGAAUAACUGUUGAUAUCAAAAUAAAUAGUUGUCAGUAGAUCCUGAAUACUAAUGAA